AUGUCUUUUACCUUUGCGCAGGCCCAUAUUAUGGAUACCUACCACCUCCACCUCGUUUUCGACAUCGCCAGCUUCGUCGGAGUAUCUAACACGGCCGCGCUUGUUUGUUGGAGAUAUUGUCGUGCUAAGAUCAGCGAACCUGACGCUAAGCGUCGUGGCCUCCGCGAGCGUGUAACAUGGUUCGACAGUCGCUACCGAGCCGCUUAUAUCUUCGUCGCCUUAUACCUCGCCCUGACAAUACUGCUCGAGCUUCGCCUGAACGAAUGGGCACCGAACAAGGAGCCUGGCCGUUGCUACCAUUCGUACUUGGUGACGAACCCAUCAGACUCACAUCCAGGCUCGGAUAAGCUCUAUGUGGCUUUCACUAGUGCUUGGCUCAUGCUUGUCGUUCUCGCUAGCAUUUUUGCUGGGGUCGGUAAGAGGCGUGCGAUUCUGAUCCUGUCCGCGCUUCAUUUUCCCCUGCACCUUUACAUGGCGAUUGCUCUUCGACAGGCGAAUCAAGGAAAAUUCGAGGGCGAGACAAAUCACGAGAAUGAAUGGGACUUUGGCCAAACAACGGCAGUUCUACUUUUGGGGAUUGCGCUUGUGGAGCUGGUCGCUAAGGGGAAAGAAUACUAUUAUUUCGAGACUCAUGUGGCUAAGCAUGGAGUGCCCCCGCCUGCAGAUGACAACUCGGUCCAGAAGGAUGAGGAAGCCAGUGAUGGAAGCUAUCUUCUCGAUCCUGUUCGUCAAGAUGAACGAGCCCCUGAGGAGAGGCAGCAAACCGCGGAAGGACGCUCUGCGACUGCAAAAAAUGGAUAUCAGCGGGUCGAAAGCUAA